GACACGUUGUGGAUAACUCUGAGACAGCUGAGCUGCUGUUAAUCUCUGUGUUUCUGCCUUUAGCUAUAUGGCUUCUUCUUGUGUUGGUGAAUAUGCAGCACAUUUAAUUCAUGGAUGAAAAGCUCAUUAUUUAGAAUUAAUUACGCAGUUAAUUAUGGGAUAAACGGUUUAUUGAAGUGUGGGCACCAUGUAGUGUAGUCUGGGUGCAUUUAGAAGCUGUUUAUGUUCAACUUUUAGUUUUAGCCUAAUAUAAACAUUUUCUUAUGUUUCUGAUGGUGCGGGGUUAUUGUGUUAAUGUGUUAAUGUACAAGGUAUUUAAUGUCAUGUUCACAGUGAGAGGAGAAACAGAGAGAAAGAAAAGUUAUUUGUUUUAAAUACUUUGUUUUUUCAUAAUAUUCCAGGACAUUGUUUACUUCACAGUUCAUUGCACAUUUCUGUAUAAUAAAAAACUAAACAUUAAAACAUGAAUAAAUAAAAAGAGAAAGGUAAUGUAGGAGGGGAGUACCUGUUUCUUGCAGAUCUUGGGCUAGAUUAAUGUCUUUGGGAUGAAUGUAAUUACAUUUCUUUAGUAUAAUCUCUGAUUGCAAAAGGUAAAUGUUUCCGUAUCCAAAAUGUGUUCUGUUGUUGGUCACCAGGAAUUUAGUUUAGGUGUAUUUCACUGUCACUUGCUUCAUGGCCGUCACACGCAAUAUGUCCGAGUAAUACUUGUUCUAGUUUCAAAGGUUAUUUUUACUCAAACACAUACUUCAGGGUUUGUCAAGCUCUUUGCAGACAUGCAUCAAUAUUGCACUUAUUAUUCCUCCUUAUUCUUGAUGCACUACAAAGAUGCUACAGAAGGAUUUAGAAAGUGUGUUCAGAAGUGGAGCUGCAGAGCUUGAUGGGCAGAAAGAGAGCAAGGAGAAGUGUGCUGACAGUCAGCGCUCCUCCUCCUCCUCCUCCUCCUCCUCCUCCGUCAGAUUGGGAGGCAGGAAGCCAGGGAGCAGGUGCAGCUCCGUCUGUAAAUGGUCUCAAGCUACGUCAUGUGACGCAACUGCGAUCAACAACACAGCAUCGCCAGGAAAAUGGUGGCAGGUUUUGGUUAAAGACGGAGGAAGAAAAGAAUCAUCAAGCCUCCGAGAGAAGCUCUGCUCCACACUGUCUGUCAUCAGCUGAGAAGGCAGGGGAUGAGUAAGCAAAGCACACAGAAAGGUGUGUGAGGUUAAACAGCUCUUUGACAACAGCAGCCCCGUGCUAUUUCCAGAAGACCUCUGCCAGAGUACGGAGACAUGGAUCCCUCUUGUGGUCUCUCAGACGACAGAGCCUCACCCCCCCUCUGCCUGGCUGUGAGCCCCCCGGGAGGCGGCGGCGUGUCCUCGUCCCACCGUAAACGCCGGACGUUGAUUGCCCCGGAGAUGAGCCUGUCCCUGGACCGAAGCGAGGGCUCUCUGCUGUCGGACGACUUCCUGGACACACCGGACGACCUGGACAUCAACGUGGACGACAUGGACACGCCCGACGAGACGGACUCGCUGGAGUUCAUCACCAACGGCAACGAGCUGGAGUGGGAAGAUGACGCCCCGGUGGCCUCGGCUAAAGCGGGUCCCGCCGGCGGCUCAGGAGAAGCGGGCGAGGAGGGGAACGCCAACAACGGACGCCUCUGGAGGACGGUGAUCAUCGGAGAGCAGGAGCAUCGUAUCGACAUGCAGGUCAUCAGACCUUACCUGCGGGUCAUCACACACGGAGGUUAUUAUGGCGAGGGGCUUAAUGCCAUCAUCGUCUUCUCCGCCUGCUACCUGCCUGACAGCAGCUGUGCAAACUACCACUACAUCAUGGAGAACCUCUUCCUGUAUGUGGUGAGCAGUCUGGAGAUGCUCGUGGCUGAAGAUUACCUGAUCAUCUACAUGAACGGAGCCACUCCUCGGAACAAAAUGCCCGGCAUCAGCUGGCUCAAGAAAUGCUACCAGAUGAUUGACAGGAGAUUGAGGAAGAACCUGAAGUCUUUGGUCAUCGCUCAUCCCACCUGGUUCAUACGCACCGUCCUGGCAAUAUCCAGGCCCUUUAUCAGUGUGAAGUUCAUGAAUAAGAUCCAGUACGUGCACAGCCUGGAUGAACUGGCAGAGAUCGUCCCCAUGGAGCACGUCCAUGUUCCCGAGUGUGUGGUGCAAUUUGACGAGGAGAGGAUUAAAGCACGGAGAGAAAGGAUGGAGCAGGAGCACAGACAACAGGAGCAGCAGUCAGUCCCACAGGAGCCAAUUAAAAAGUCUGAGAGGCCGAAGUCAAUGUUUGUAAAUCAAGGAUUAUGAGGACCGAGCGUCGCGGCUGAAGUGUGGGACAGACGUAUGGAGCAUGAACCUUUCGAUUUACACCCGUGUGAAGCAACCCUUCUUCCUCCCUGCCGGAGGAUUUCAUAUUGCAACUUGAAAAUGUACGAAGGAAGACCCCGCUCUGCGACAGGAAGGGUUUCACCAUGACGACUAAUGUUGGGUUCUUCGAUUCAUUUACCUGCUGUGUAGUCGGACUUGUUGUGUAGCUCACAUUGUAAUAUUGCAUCAUCGCGAGGCUCUGGAAGAUCAGAAACUCUCAGUCUAUAAUGCAACACAGACGUAACGGGAACACUGAAGAAAGAUAACUGACUUUAGCAAUGUUGGGUGAAACUUGUAACUCCAAUUGUCAAAACUCAUGUUGUUACUUCAUUUGAAGAAGUACAGCUUUAAAAUGCUGCAAUUCUACUUUUUGUUAAAGCAACAUAAUGAACAUAGUUCACUGUAAGUCGCUCUGGAUAAGAGCGUCUGCUAAAUGACAAAUAAUAAUAAUAAUAAUAAUAUUAAUUCGGUAUUUUUGUGCUUUAGCGCCCCUACACUUUCAGAGUGUAAUCACUUUUACACCGCUUCCCUAAAUAUGGACAGCUGUAACGUUACACAUGCAUUUGUUAUAAUUACAUUACUGUCAACAACUUUGCUAACAGCGAAUCAUCAAGUAAGCUAGCCAGCUAAUAUUACUAACCCGGCUCCGCUAACUGAGCUAACGGCUAACUGAGCUGACAGCUAACUAAGCUAACGGCUAACUGAGCUGACAGCUAACUGAGCUGACAGCUAACUGAGCUAAUGGCUAACUGAGCUAACGGCUAACUGAGCUGACAGCUAACUGAGCUAACGGCUAACUGAGCUGACAGCUAACUGAGCUGACAGCUAACUGAGCUAACGGCUAACUGAGCUGACAGCUAACUGAGCUAACGGCUACUGUUAGCAUUUAGCGUUAAUUUAGCAACAAUUAAAGCUUUCUGUCCAUCAGGAAACUCCGUAAAUCACAGAGGGUCGCGACGGAGCAGCUAGAGGACAUCAGAGGGAAAACCAGAAAAACGUUUUCUUAAUAAAAUAUGAUCCAGUUUGAUCCAGACACUAUUCUCCCCCUUACACGUCAGUGUAGCAUCAAAAUGAUUUUGAAGCUGUUAUUUUGAGGUAAAAUAGUUACAUAAUGUUGCUUUAAUAAUAAAACAAAUUUACUAAAUUAACAACAAAAAAGGCAGAAUUUUGCAUCAAAAUUUCAGAAAAUCUUACAAUUGGAGAUAUAAGUAUUGUACAUACUGUAUGUUAUGAAAGAUUUAACUCAAAUACGUCUUACAGCAAAAAUAAUCAUGUAGCAGAUGCUGAUCUUGGGUCAGUAUGUGACCACCAGACCAAACACACAUUUAUAUUCUGGUUCGUGUGAACAUAAUGUGUGUGUGAUGUAAAUAAUAAUGCAUCAGAUGCCUUCUUUGCUAUUUUUUGCCUCAUAUUGCCUGCUGUAUCAUAAAGCCUUCUCAAGCUCUCUCCUUUGCUGUACGACAUUUAGAAAAUGUCCAAACGUACUAACAUCCUUGUUUUUAUGAUGUGCCUCAGUCAUCUUGUGCGUAGAAAAUGCAUGAACAUGAUCAAUAUUUGCAUUUUGUGGCCUGGAAAACCCCAUAUGAGAAAAUCUUUAAGAAUCAUAUGUUGUAAAAAAAUAUGCUUGUGUAAAAUGGCCACAUAAAUAGAUAUCAUACAACAUUAAACAAAUCCGCUUUACAUUAAUAUUCAGACCAUGUAUUCCACAUAUACGUCAUGUAAGAUAAAUAUAGUACUAACCCACCAUAUACAAAAUAUCUGCAAUCAUUUUGUAUGAAAUUCACAUCAAAGUGGCCA